AUGAUACCAAUAUCGUAUCCUUCGCCAAGGGUAUCACAGCUUGAUGCCCAUAUACUAGACUCUGAGUUGAUUUCAUUAUUGAAGGAACAACUCGCAUCUAUAUUUCAAUUGCAUAACAAUAGUCGAUUUUCAUAUAAUGAACAUCCCGAAUUAUGGUCAUUAUUGUUGAACUUACUUGUAUUUAGUCAAACUGUGUGGAAGAAUGGAUCAUCUUAUGGGUUAUCCCUUCAGAAUUUGAAAUUGACAGACUCGAGAACGGGGAAGAUGAUUGGAUUUUCGAAACGAUGGCUCUUGUUAGGAUUACUCGUUGGUGAUUAUUUAUACUCCAAACUUCAAAGUUACUUAUAUUCCCUUGAUGAAUCAAACAGACCACAACCUUAUAGUGUUACCAUCUUAGAAAAAGUGAAGAAUUUCUUGUUUGAGAAGAGAGGUACUAUCUUAGCCCAAUUAGAUAAGAUUUUUAAGUCAUUAAAUUUAAUCAAUUUCAUGCUUUUCUUGAUCAAUGGGAAGUAUCCAUCCUUGAUUCAUAGACUAUUCGGUAUAACCAUGACACCCAUUGUAUCAGACUUAUUGAAAUUUAACGGUAAUAAUGUCAAUUUUGAAUUUCAAAACAGACAAUUGGUAUGGAAUGUGAUGACAGAAUUUUUAGUAUUCAUAUUACCAUUAUUACAAAUCAAUAAAUUCAAGAGAUUAGUGAAAUCAGCAUUUUCAAGAGGUCAACCUCAAUCUCAAUCAGGUCCAUUUUUACUCCCAUAUGUGAACUUACCUAUUUCUCAAUGUGCAAUCUGUCAUAAUAAUAAUCAUAAAGCUGAAGCAUCAGGUGGUAGGACAUUUAUAUCAGCCGGUGUUAUCACUAAUCCAUAUGUGACCAAUUGUGGUCAUGUUUACUGUUAUAUCUGUAUAUCGACUGCAUUCAACACCAUGAAGGUAUCAGGUGAAGACUUGCCUUGUUUACGUUGUGGAGAGAAAUUAGAAUAUUAUCGAGAAUAUGGAGUUGUAGAAGAAGAUGGUGACGAGUAUGAUGACGAUGCGGUGAUAUUUGUGAAUGAAGAUGAUGAAGAGGAUGAUGAUGAGAAAGACGAACAAGAUGACGACGAUAACGAUGAAUUAAAUGAAAAAGCACAAGUAGAUACUCCAAAUUAUCCAUUGAUUCAAGAUGAUAGUGAAAUUGAAGAGAGUGAAGACUCUGAUUAUAGUGAAGAAGAAGAUUACGAGCAAGAUGAAGCAUUUGCAUUAUAG